GGGGAACACCUGCAGUACAAUAGCCCAGCAUUCUGCGGGGUCGAUUUGGUCUAUUCAGAAUUCAACCUGGAGGUUUCCUUGAGUACCCGAGCCCAAACUUGCUCACAGGGCUAUAAAUAAGGAGUGUGAUGGCACUCCCAAGUAGCUGAGCUCACAGUUGCAACAUCUACCUCAAUUUAUCAGUAUGAAGUUCACAACUUUUCUUCUCCCUGUUUUGGCUACGAGCCAAGUGGUCUUAGCGGCACCCACUGCCCCUACAGCAGUGGAUAUCGCCGAACUCCCACCGGAUAUUGGCAUUGACAUUCGUUCCCCCAACCCGGCUGCUGAGCCGCUGGCUAUUCUGGAGCGGAGGGACACCAGGGUCUGCGAGGUAGUCAAUCGCACAGUUCGUUCCAUUGGCACUAGCAAGUUCACGCUUAUUUAUAUCACUAUGGGAUCCGGUCUUGCACGAGCUGUGUGCCAGUACGUUGACGGCAGUAGAUGUUCUGACCUGUCGUACAUUAUCCAAGCCGGUCUAACUCUGGUCUAUGUCGCUGCCGCUCACUACUCUGGUGCCGUCCCCGAAGGGCUGCCUAGUAAGCGCCAUGCCGAAGUCUCCGAUGACUAUCUUCAGUUAUGGCAGACUAUGUUGUCUAGCAGUGAUGGUGUCUCCUACGACAGUCUCACUUCUCUCUCGACCCCCUCAGGUAAUAGUACCUUGAGCCGCCGUCAGGGCGAGCCUUCACUUCUCCACGGGUUCCAGAUUAGUGGAUUUGCUCUUGAUAACUCCCCAAAGCACGACAUCAUCGCCAAUCAUUAUGAUAACGGCGACACCGUUCUACAUCUGCCUCUUCCAGGACAGGAUGAUGGUGCGAAUCUCAACAAGCGCUUUGACAAACCGGGUUUCAAGAUCUCGUUCACUACCCGAGAAAGAUCGAAGCUUACCCAAGCUCAUCAGAAGUCUAUGGCUCUGGCAGGGGCUGCGACGUGGGCUGUCUAUGCUGAUAAUGCUAGCCACAAGAUGAAUGACUUCAUUGGAUUUGCUGAGACGGAACAUGCGGCUAAUUUUUACUAUCGCAUCAUUCCGGAGGUCAGGGGAUUUGGAACAAAUUAUGAGACUGUUGAUAUUUGUGGUGGGAUGGCAUCAUACUUGUAGGACGAUACAGCGUGUGAAGCUGGCAGCUUCCCGAGCGGACUGGUGUUCUUUGGUUCCAAGUUGGUUAUAUGCAACGAGGGCUGGCCAACGGGAACGUGUAGGCAGCUCGAUGGAUGAGGUUUGGACUGUUAUAUAUAUAUAUAUUCCCGUGGCACGGAUUUAACAAUUUAGGUCGGUUGGCCAUUGGGGAUCUCUUAGGUACUUUGGAAUUUAUAAAUGUUGUAAGA